AUGGAGCUGGACCCUGUGGUGGACGCGUACUCGGCGGUGGUGUACAGGGACCUGGAGCGGUUGCGGGUCUUCAUGGAGCAUGGAGGUGCCACAAUCGUGCUCAGGGAGCCCGACGGAAACGGCUGCCACACACUCCAGUGGGCUGCGCUCAACAACUACGCUCGCAUUGUGCUCUACAUCAUUGAGGCGGUGGUGCGUGGGGCAAUGGCCGUGGUGGACGUGCUGUUGGAGAAUGACGCGAGGCUUGAGGUGACCGACGUCAAUGGCUACCGGGGCCCUGCACAAGCUCAUACCUUGAGACACUCACUUGUUGAGGCAAACUCAGACAUUGUUGUCAAGAUUGGUCUCCGAAAAGAUUCUAAAUCUUUUCAAGAAGCCUGUGUAGCUAGAUUCACUGAAGAGACUAGGACGCUGGGUGAUAUAUGGGAGACUGUAUCAAGUAGUGAUCUUCUACUGCUGCUGAUAUUGGAUGCUGCUCAUUUCAACGGGGCAUGGUCACCGGGAGUGGUGCAUAGGAUUGUCGGAGAUGGUGAGUUUGAGGUCAGCAUCGAUGAAACGGAGCAGCUGCUGACCAAGGUUGUGGAGUUGCUGAAGCCGCAGUGCAAGUGGAAUGGCAAGGAUUGGAGAAUUGUCAGUGCUAAGAGACAGGGUAACUUGAGGCAGCAGUCUGCAUCUAGAAAACGUCCAAGCUCACCUGUUGAGGUGCCAUUCAGUGAUGAUGAACAUAGUCAUAAUCCUGAAUAUUCUGGCACCAAAAAGUCAAGGGAAGAAGUGAAGCAGCAAGAGGUCACAUUAGCUGAAUGUUCUGAACUUGCUUCAGUCUCUGAGAUGGACAUUCCAUUAUCUGCACCGCACAAGUCUCCAGCAAGCAACCAUUCUCUGAAUUCUUGUUCUCUGCUAUCUGGUAAGAAUGGUUCUCAAGUGCUUUCACACAGUAUAGUGAGUUCUUGUUCAGUGCCAAUGAAUAGGCGGCUUCUUUGUGCUUCCCCAGUACAUUCAACAGCCCCAAAAGAUGAUGCCUCUGAUAAUGUGGAAAAUCAGUUGGAGGGAAAUAGAAAACACGUAUGUAAGGUUUACACUAGGAAAAUGGCUGGAAAGAAAAGGGAAGGCUUCAAAGGAGCACAGAGUUCACAGAGCUCAUUAGAUUUGCCUUGUACUGGCCAGAAGAGAGGAGCAAACAAAAUAGCUGGGCCAAUGAAAGAAUCUUCCUUAAUAAUAAGAACAUUCUUUUUUGACCUGACACUUAUAUUAUCCGUAAGAUUCUCACUCUGGUAAUUUGUUUCACAUACAGCAGUUGGGGAGUACAAAAUCUAGUCAGCAGCAGCUUGAAAGAACUUUGGAGGAUACAUUGAAAAUAAAUGAAGUAACAUAUCAGG